AUGGCUUCAGCCCGCGCGAAGUUGGCGGAGCUCCGCGCUCUGCGUGCGUCAGGGAAAAAGCGUCUGUCCACAUACGAAGUCGAGGAACAGGGUGAUAUCUACGAGGAGGUCGACGAUGACGGGUAUAAGAAAAUUAUCCGGAAUCGACUUGACGAAGACGAUUUUGUGGUCGACGAUAAUGGCGAGGGAUACGCGGAUGACGGCCGCGAGGUCUGGAAUGAGCAGACGGCUCAGUAUAGCGAUGAGAGUGACGAUGAGAAUUUACCGGCGAGAGGAAAGGCUGCUAAACGCAAACGUGAGGAAGAGAAGCAGAGGAAGGAAAAGAUCAAUAAUGGGAUCUCGAAAUAUUUUAACAGUGGACCGGCGGCGGCGGCUCCGAAAGCAAAGCCAGUUGCUACCGCCGAAGACGAUGCCUUUCUUGCGGAUCUUUUAGGCGAGGUCGAUACCAAUGUGGUCUCGAACAAGGCUCCGAAGCACAACAUCGUAAAGUCGGAAACACGCCGCAAAGUUCGCAUAUUGUCCCCUCCGCUUUCAGAGAAAACACGCACAGCGAAGCCUCCACGAAAGGAUGAGAACAGUGAUCCCGUGUCCCCGGUCGGCGAAGAACCGGCCCUCAAUCUAGAUAACGAUGACGGACCCCUUCCUCAGGCGGACGACGACGAUAUGCCCAUGAGCGACCCAAUGCCCUCCUCUCCAGUUACCAAGGCAGUAGAGCGAAAGAACAUAGUCCCUAUAAAGGAGGAGCCUGAGGACGACGAUGAUGACCUUAUGGAGGUGGUGCAGGCUACCGGCCAUCACGAAGCCAAGGCACAGAGCGUCAACAUUUCCGGCAGCCGACCUCCGCCCAAGAUCAAAAAGGAACAUUAUCCGACUCCUGCCAGUUCGUCUCCGGUGAAGUCUGCGGCAGAUGUGAAUGCUUCCUGGAAUGAUGUACGCGACAAGUUGAACGUGCUCAACAGCCCAGCGUCGUCUGAAAUGCGUGGCUUUGGCAAGCUACGCCCCCAGGACGUUGUCGAAGAAGACGGAAGCCUUCGAUUCUUCUGGCUUGACUACACGGAGGUCAACGGCAGCCUUUGCUUAUUCGGAAAGGUGAAAAACAAGCAAAAUGGCUCAUAUGCUAGCGCCUUCGUCAAGGUGGACAACGUCCUUCGAAAACUAUACUUCCUUCCCCGCGAGCACAGACAUAAGCAGGGCCGUAAGACGGAUGAGGAGGUUGAUAUGGAAGAUGUGUACCAUGAAGUCGAUCAGAUGAUGUCGAGGCUGAGGGUUGGCAUGCAUAAGAUCAAAGAAUGCACCCGCAAAUACGCAUUCGAGAUGCCCGGUGUUCCAAGAGAAACUGAGUACUUGAAGCUACUCUAUCCUUAUGACAAGCCGGCUUUACCCAUGGACACCAAGGGAGAAACGUUCUCUCAUGUUUUCGGAACGAACACUUCAUUAUUCGAGCAAUUCGUCCUCUGGAAGAACAUUAUGGGUCCUUGCUGGCUCAAGGUCGAAGAAGCUGAUUUCUCCGCUGUCAACAAUGCCUCGUGGUGUAAAUUCGAAUGCCAGGCCUCAAAGCCAGGACUUAUUACCCCGGUCCCUGACACCGAAAAUCUCGACCCGCCAACUCUCACCUUGAUCAGUCUCGCUUUCCGAACCCAGCUCAAUGUGAAAGAGAACAAGCAAGAGAUCUUGGUUGCCAGCGGUCGAGUCUACGAGAACAUCUCUCUCACGGAGACGUCUCCACCGGAAAAGCUUCCUUGCAAAACAUUCACUGUGAUGCGUCCGGCUGGUUCUUCGUAUCCAGUGAACUUUGAAGCCGAGGUCAAAAGGCAACGGGGUACAUACAUGUUAGAGAAGAGCGAGCAGAUGUUACUCAGUAAAUUCAUGGCUCUGUUUGAAAGGAUGGAUCCAGAUGUCAUGAUGGGCCAUCAGCUGCAGGAAGUCGACCUAAGUGUCUUGCUAAGCAGACUGAAGGAGAAAAAGACACCAGGAUGGCAUCGUCUUGGACGACUCAAACGUGGAGAAUGGCCCAAAACCUUCAACAGGGGCGGGGGCUUCUUCACCGAGAGGCACCUAGUUGCCGGAAGAUUGGUGUGCGAUGUCGCCAAUGAUAUGGGAAAGUCACUGAUGAUGAAAUGUCAAUCCUGGAGUUUGACGGAAAUGUGCGAUCUUUACCUUGGAGCGGGCAAUUCGCGGCAAGAGCUAGACUUCGAGGCCGCACUCAAGACAUGGGCAACCUCCAAAGAUGGGCUUGUCAACUUCGUGAACCAUUGCGAUACCGAUACGUACUUCAUUGCUGCCCUAGUUCUGCGGCUUCAGAUGCUCCCCCUAACCAAGGUGCUCACAAAUAUUGCUGGCAAUUCCUGGGCCCGAACGCUAAGUGGUACUCGCGCCGAGCGGAACGAGUACAUUUUGCUCCACGAAUUCCAUCGGAACAAGUACAUUUGUCCCGACAAAUAUUCUUCCAAGCUGCAAAAGGCGGAAGAGAAGGCCCAGGAUGGGGACGAAGACGAUUCAGCCGAUAAGAAAAAGAAGGACAAAUACAAAGGUGGUCUCGUUUUCGAGCCUGAAAGAGGACUUUAUGACAGGUUUGUUCUUGUCAUGGAUUUCAACAGUUUGUAUCCUAGUAUCAUUCAAGAGUACAACAUUUGCUUCACCACAGUGGAUCGGGCAUCAGUGGCCGAAAAUGAGAAUGAGGAAAAGGUGCCAGAAAUUCCUGCAACAGAGGCUGAACAGGGUAUCCUACCUCGCAUUAUCGCAACUCUUGUCGGCCGUCGGCGGGAAGUCAAGAAGCUCAUGAAGGAUAAACGCGCAACUCCUGAGCAGCUUGCCACAUGGGACACAAAGCAGUUGGCCUUCAAACUUACCGCCAACUCCAUGUACGGAUGUCUUGGGUACACACAGAGUCGCUUCUAUGCUCGUCCCUUGGCCAUGCUCACCACAUUCAAGGGUCGUGAGAUUCUGCGUAGCACCAAGGAAUUAGUGGAAAGCAAACAGCUAAAGGUCAUUUACGGUGAUACCGAUUCCGUCAUGAUCAACACAAAUAUGGACACCAUCAGCGACGCGCUGAGGGUUGGAGACGAGCUCAAGAAGGCAGUCAACGAACGAUAUCGACUGUUAGAAAUUGACAUCGACAACAUCUUCCGUCGUCUUCUAUUGCACGCCAAGAAGAAGUAUGCGGCUAUUAAUAUGAUGGAGGUGGAUGGCAAAUACGUCGACAAGCUCGAGGUGAAGGGUUUGGAUAUGAAGAGACGUGAGUACUGUGCGCUGUCGAAGGAGGCUUCACAGCGACUUUUGAACGAGGUCCUCUCCGGUGAGGAUCAGGAGCUUGUCCUGAACCGUGUUCACGAUUACUUGCGUGAGUUGGCGGGCAAUAUGAGAGAAUUUACUGUUCCUGUUCAGAAAUACGUGAUCUACACAAAACUGUCCAAGCGGCCAGAGGAAUAUCCCAACAAGGAAACUAUGCCUCCAGCACAAGUCGCACUGCGAGAACUAGCCCGUGGCAGGACAGUGCGGCCAAACGACGUGAUCUCCUACGUCGUAACAUCCGGAGACUCAGAGACAUCCUCUCUUCCCGCAGCCAAACGCUCGUAUACCCUCCAGGACGUGGUCAAAAAGGACUCGGGGCUCAAACCUGACAUCGAAUUCUACCUUCUCAAACAAAUAUUCCCCCCCAUUGAACGUCUCUGCGCCCCCAUCCCCGGCACAGAUGCAGUUCGCCUAGCCGAAUGCCUCGGCCUCGAUGUCCGCAAAUACCAAAUCAACACCUCCAGCACCCAAAACACCCAAAACACCGAGAUCUUCCCACUAGAAUCCCAAAUUCCAGACUCGGUCCGCUUCGAAUCCGCCGCAAGAUUUGCCCUCACCUGCCGGCACUGCAAAGAACGCUGUGUCUUCGAGGGACUCGCAGCGUCAGCCCACAUGUGCAACCCCCACGGGCUGAUCUGCCCCAGCCCCUCUUGUCAAAAGCAGUUCUCCGUCUUGACAAUCGUCGCACAACUCGAAAGCCAAAUUCGUGCCCAAACGUCAAAAUACUACGAGGGCUGGCUUGUCUGCGACGAAUCUACCUGCGGGAACCGCACCCGCCAGAUCAGCGUCUACGGACACCGCUGUCUUGGUCCGCGCGGUCAGGCAGAGGGCUGUUUAGGACGCAUGUCGUACGAGUACACCGAGAAGCAGAUGUACAAUCAACUUCUGUAUUUCGCUAGCUUGUGGGAUGUGGAUAAGGCGCGGGCGGCGGCACAGAAGGAGGCGAGCGGGGAGAAGAAGGAUAGUGUUGCUGCGUUGGUAGAGUUCAACCGUGUACGCUUUGGGACAGUCAAGGGCGUUGUCGACGCUUACUUGAAGAAAUGCGGUAGGCAGUGGGUGGAGAUGGAUGGGUUGUUCCGGUUUAUGUUGGCUUAA